CCAUUGUUAUAUGAACCCACGUAAAAGUGGUCAACUGAUAUUCACAGAAGAUCAACUCUGCACUAAGCAUUCUUUGAGUGAUGAUAUAACUGGGGUAUUGAAGUGAUCCCUUAUCCUUCGCUUGAAGUUACAAUAAGAGUUCGUGAUAUCAAAAGCUACUUUAUUGGUAAUUACUAUACAGAUCAGUGAUGUCCAUCAAAUACAAAAUGGCGGACAAUAAAAAUAAGAAAACAGUUCGUUUAGACGAGGAGAACGUCAAGUCCGAUGAGAAAAAAGACGAAAAGUUACGCAAAAAGCUUGGCUUAAGUUUACCGUUAUGUCCUGGUCGUUCUUUGCGCGCCAGAAAACCUUCAAAAGGUUUAGAUAUUAAAACUACUGAACAAGCAAGAAAAAUAAAGAAAACUAUUUCCAAUCCAUCUAAGACGGAUGAUGCGUUAAGCAAGCAAAUGCAAAAAAAAUUAUCUGAAUUCACACGAAAAACUGGGAUUUUAACUCUCAAAGAAAAGAGAUACUCAUUUACAAUGAAUGACUUUCAAUUAAUUUGUGUAAUUGGAAGUGGCACUUGUGGUGAAGUCUCUAAAAUGAAACACAAACCUACUGGACGUGUGUUGGCUGUAAAAAAAAUGUGUCAAUCAUAUAAUGCUGAGGAGCAGAAGAGGAUAGUGAUGGAUUUAGAUGUUGUACUAAAAAGUCACGAUUGUCCAUACAUUGUUGAAUGUUUUGGAGCUUAUAUCUCUGAAUCCGAUGUAUUCAUUAUCAUGCAGUUGAUGGAAACAUGUUUUGACAAAUUAAAGAAUACGUAUGGUCCAAUACCAGAGCGUAUACUUGGAAAAAUGACAGUGGCUGUUGUAAAAGCUCUCCAUUAUCUGAAAGAAUCACAUGGUGUUAUGCAUAGAGAUGUAAAACCAUCAAAUAUCUUACUGGACAGUCGUGGAUGUGUAAAACUGUGUGACUUUGGUAUCAGUGGAAGAUUGGUUGACUCAAAGGCGAAGACAAGAAGCGCAGGAUGUGCAGCAUAUAUGGCGCCUGAACGUAUAGAUCCCCCUGAUCCUUCUAAUCCGGAUUACGAUGUUCGAGCUGAUGUUUGGAGCCUGGGGAUAUCUUUGGUCGAAUUGGCGAGUGGUAAAUUUCCUUACGAUCAUUGUAAAAAUGAAUUUGAAAUUCUUACUCGUAUCAUUGAGGAGCGAUCCCCGGCCUUACCGACAGAUAAAGGUUUUUCAAUGGAAUUUCAAUCAUUUGUCACUCAAUGUUUACAUAAAGACCGAGAAAAUCGCCCUAAAUAUCCCUCAUUACUGAAGGAGGAAUUCAUUAAAACAUCAGAAAAAACGGUAGUUAACGUUGGUGAAUGGUUGAUGCCAGGUUCUACGUCGGUUUGAUAUGACAAAAAUGCAUUUCCGUGGAAACCAUAGCUAUCUUCUUCACCUCUCACUGUGGAAGAAUUAACUGUGUGUUAACGACGCGACACACCGUCAACAAACGUGAGACCAUAUAAUGACAAGCUGUAUUUGAAUAAACGGCUAGAGUAGAAUUUUGUACAGGAAGAUCAAAGAAUAGGAUUGUUUGGUCUGUAAAUUUAAAAAGAACAUAUUUAUUUUACUAGAUAUGCAUUAACAAUGCGGCAAUACAAGUAACUAUUAGAAAUCAGAGCUGCAAGUUGAUAUGACGUAAUACGAAUGACGUAAUCGUUACAUAUAAGUCGUGACGUAACAUUUGACAGACAGUAAAUGUGUUUUAUUGUCUUUUAUCAAAAAGUCAGAGAUGUAUGCAGUAUUUACUAAAGAUUUAUGUAAGUGUAUAGAAAUACAAUAUUUGAUAUUUGUCUAUGACAUCAAAUAGAAAUAAUUUCCAGUCA